AUGAAGUUGAAUAUCGCCAAUCCGGCCACUGGUUGCCAAAAAUUGAUCGACAUUGAUGAUGAACGAAGAUUGUGGGUACCAAAGAAAAGCGCUGAUUUGAAUCAUUUUGUUUUUGUGCAACUUUUGAAUAGACGUGUCUUUUAUGAGAAAAGAAUCAGCGCGGAGGUUCCUGGUGAUUCUAUUGGAGAUGAAUUUAAGGGCUACGUGUUUCGAGUUUCUGGAGGCAAUGACAAACAAGGCUUUCCUAUGAAACAGGGUGUCUUACGCAAUGAUCGCGUACGGCUCUUGCUGUCCAAAGGGCAUUCAUGUUACAGGCCUCGCCGUACUGGUGAACGUAAAAGGAAAUCUGUUCGUGGAUGUAUUGUGGGAAGUGACCUUGCUGUAUUGUCCUUGGUUGUAGUUAAACAGGGUGAACAGGAUAUUCCUGGGCUCACUGAUAAUGCUGUUCCCAAACGCUUGGGUCCCAAAAGAGCCUCAAAAAUUCGCAAGUUUUUUAACCUGUCUAAGCAGGAUGAUGUCCGUAAAUUCGUUAUCCGUCGUGAAAUUCAACCAAAAAAUGAAAAGAAAAAGCCUUAUACAAAGGCUCCCAAAAUUCAACGUCUUGUAACACCUCUUACUUUACAACGAAAGCGUCAUCGCCUCGCUCUUAAGCGCAGAAGAUCUCAGGCAGCCAAAGCAGCAGCAGAAGAAUAUGCAACUCUCCUUGCCAAACGUGUAAAAGAACAAAAGGAAAGAAAAGCAGAUCUUAGAAAGAAAAGAGCCACAGCUCAUAAAGCUGAAUAA